AAACGCAGCGAGAUGAUUGCUCUCAAGGGUUUGAUGACAUGUAUUGACAACUCGGGUGCCUUGAUCGUUGAGUGUGUCAAUACCUUGAAGGCAGGACGUUUUGCCGGUAUCGGAGAUGAGUGUGUCGUUGUCGUGAAGAAGGCAAAGCCUAUUCCUACAGAAGUUGAUGGAACCGCUGCCUAUGCAUCAAAGAUCCGUCGUGGUGAGGUCAGACAUGCAGUCAUUGUACGGACAAAGAAGGAGACCAGGCGUGAGGAUGGAAGAUAUAUUCGCUUUGACGACAAUGCAUGUAUCAUCUUGAACAACAAGGGAGAGCCGCUGGGAACUCGUAUCACGGGUGUUGUUGCUGCUGAGCUGAGACACAAGAAGUGGGCCAAGGUCCUGUCGUUGGCACCAAGAGUUGUGUAAAAUAAUCAAAAAUUAAUAAACAAGAGAUACACAUUGCAAGUUUUUUCUCUUUUUGUGGAGCCGUGGGAUCAUCACGCAUUCGUACAGUAUGGAUAUCGCUUGGAAAGAACAGACAG